AUGGCCACCCGUCGCUCUGCGGUCGCAGCGCAAGGAAAUGAUGCCGCCACCGUUGAGUACGAGAAGACUCACCGAACCCCAUCAGCACAGAGAGAUGAUGGUGAUGAAACUGGUGAUUCUUCAGACGCACUCUACAAACUUCUCGCCUUCACCGUGCUGAUGGUCUGCGCGCCACUGGGCGUCUAUUUCGGAACUGUGAAUAGGGUGUUUGAAGGAAACUCCACGUACGCUGGCGCUUACGCUGCCGUCACUGCAAAUCUUGUGGUGCUUGGGUAUAUUCUUAUGGCGAUGUGGGAGGAUAGUGGUGCGGAGAAGAGCCGGAAGGGGGAUGUGGUGAAGGGGAAGGAGGAGUAA